AUGUCGAAGAUCCCGCACAAGAUAGGCCCAUACAUUCUGAGAGGUGUUAUAGGUGAAGGUGCGUUUUCACAUGUUGUACUAGCAUUUCAUGAGACACAAAAAACUUAUUACGCAUGUAAGAUUGUUCCAAAAGCUCGACUUUCAAGUAGCUCGUUAGAAGAAAGAUUUGAAGAAGAAAUAAGAAUUAACCAGCAGCUUCAUCACCCCGGCGUAGUCGGAUUAAUCGAUAUUAUUAAAGACGAAACAAACUACUACGUAGUUAUGGAAUUCUGUCCAAAUGGUGAGCUAUUCCAGUUCAUUGUUGAUCGCGGACGAUUAAGCGAAGCUGAAGCUAAACCGAAAAUUAAAAUGAUAUUAGAUACAGUUAGAUACUUACAUUCACUCGGAAUUUCGCACCGUGAUUUGAAACCAGAAAAUAUACUUCUUGACCAAUACGGAAAUCCAAAAGUUAGCGAUUUUGGAUUAUCGCGGUUUGUUGGUCCAGACAAUCUCGUAUCAACUCCAUGCGGCUCUCCAUGUUAUGCAUCGCCAGAGUGUAUAUCUGGCCAAAAUUAUAACGGCUUAACAAGCGACGUAUGGAGUUGUGGAGUUGUUUUAUUCGCCAUGGUAACAGGACAACUUCCAUGGACAAAGAGAAAUCAAUCUCAACUAUUUGAACAGAUUAGAAACGGUGACUAUACCAUUCCAAACUUCCUUUCGGUUCAAUGCGCUUCAUUAAUUUCGGGUUUAAUGACAGUCGAUAGCGAAGAGCGCCUUACAGUAGAACAAGCGCUUCAUCACCAGUGGCUUAUACAGACUCCUAAUUUGGAAAGUGCUUCAUUUGUUGCACCUUGCAUUUCAAUGAAGAGAAUAGAUGACUUCUUCGAUAAAUCUGUAUCAUCAUUAAGACUCCCGGCUACAAUGCAGAGAAAGAUUUCUUGCGACGCUUUCUCAUUCGAAUCUACUUUAAGGCAAAUAGGAGUUAAUGAGCCAGAAGUUAAAGUUAGAAAGAAAGUUAGAAAAGUAUUAUGUAGAAGAUCAGUUAAAAUUGAAGAACGACCAGAUAUUGAACAGGAAGUUCAUCAAGAAAAACGUAUCAAGAAAAUCAAGAAAAGGAUAACAAAAUACAAGCCUCAAGAGGUUAUUGAGGCAUGA